AUAUGUUAUUGACAAUGUGACUAACUUUACAAAACGUCAACAGUGUCAAAAUAAUAGAAAUGCGUUUACUGCGAACUACGAGUAGCGUAAAAUCGUGAAAUGUGUGUUGAUUUCAGCUGUAGACGUUAAAGUGUAUUCACAAUGACCCUUUUCCACAAUCUCCUUGCGUUAAUCGCAAGUAUUUUCGCUUUAACCAAAACAACCCAAUGCAGCGACAUUACAAACCUAGUCUUUGGACAACUAACCGAUGGAAUGCCAGCAGCAUUUGGAGAUUUUAAUUCCGACGAAUUAACUGACGUGUUUGUUCUACGAAACGAGGGAAACACUGUCGAGAUCCUACUGGCACAUGAAGAGGAGCCACUUCUACGUGAAGCCAAACCAGAUCGUUUGUUUUGCACUUUCAAUGAUAAAAUCAUCACUAGUGUGGUACCGGGUGAUUUUGAUGGUGAUGCGUUUAUGGACAUAAUGGUCACCACAGUUUAUAAGGGAAGUGAGAGAAAUCGGUUUCCUCAUACGUACGCACAUAUAAUUUGGGGUGGCGCGAACCAUUUGAACUGUAGCGAAAGGGCGGCUAUUCCUAUGAAGGGACAACCGCUGGCGCUUGACUAUAAUCAAGACAUGAUUGUAGAUUUGUUUGGGCAAGAUACAGACAAUGCAAGGGUGUUUUGGGUGUUUAAUAAUACGAGAAGCCCACCUGAGAAGAAACCAAUGGAUGAUAAUUGGCGCAGGACUGAGCUUAGUAUACCUCAUUCUCAUGCUUUCAUUGACUUGAACGAGGAUUACAUGGCGGACUUAUUCAUAACAACCAAAGAAGAUUUUGAAAUUUGGCACGGCAAUGAACAUAAAGGAAAAUUCGUGUUUAACAAAACCAUCGAACAUCCGAAAAAAACAGUAAGAAUAGGACAGUCACUUUUCAUGGAUGUGGAAUUGAAAGGACAAAUGGAUUUAGUGACUCCAGUUUGCUAUGACAAAAGUUGCCAAAAUAGUUCCCUUCUGGUGUACAGCAACGGUGAAUGGCACAACUUGCGAGUCAGUUUUGGAGACGACAAUGGGAUAAUGUGGGGAUUUGCCCUGAAAGAGGGUAGCAAAUACAUGGAUACCAUCACAUUACACAGUGGUGAUUUUAAUAUGGAUGGCUAUCCAGAUUUAUUGGCUACACUGUCCCCUAAUAAUCCAGAACAUCCGCAGUCGUUUUUCUUGGAAAAUGUACCAUGCCUUACUGGCUGUGGCAAAUUUAAACGCUCUUUUGCCAUCAAAUGGGGCGCUUUAAGUUCUUUCAAAAAUGGCACAGCAAUGGCGGCAUUCUUUGAUUUCUACCAAGAUGGUAUUCUGGAUGUUAUCCUUGUAACAUACCAGAAUAAAGAAUAUAAGGCAGCUGCGUUCAAAAACAGCUUAGAUUAUGAUGCUAAUUUCAUAAAAGUAAUGGUACUUACCGGUUUGACUAAUAAAAAUAACCCCAUGAUUAUGGGGAGAGUGGGGAAAAAGCGACGAACGUAUGGUACAAAUUUGCCCGGUCCGCUUAUUUCUUAUAAAACUACGACACAGGAGGGCAACAUCAGGCAUGGUGCGUCCGCCCAAUUACCCCAAUCGGCGCAUUUCAGCCUCAAUUUACCCUACACAAUUUUCGGUUUGGGUAGAACUCCAAACUUUGUAGAUUCCUUGACUGUGGGAUUAUCGAAUCAUUCUCGAUCAUGGACCCAGAUAAUACCCAACUCCCAAAUGGUCGUGAUACCGUGGCCAGCAACGGAGCCUUCACGAUGGAAGGCUCAAUUAUUUGUAACCCCAAGCAAGCUAAUUUUGAUGUCUGUAGCAGCGCUUACGGGGAUUUGCGGCAUAAUAACUGUGAUUAUCGGAGUAUUACACUGGAAGGAGAGGCAAGAAGAUAAAAAGGAGCGCUUAUCCGAAUCCCACCGGUUUCAUUUCGAUGCUAUGUAAUUAGUUAUUUAUUUGAUUGUAUUGUAAUUUAAUAAUUUAGACAAAUAAAGUUGGUUGUUUAAAA